AUGUAUUUGUGGCUGAAACUUUUGGCAUUUGGUUUCGCCUUUCUGGACGUAGAAGUGUUUGUAACAGGUAAAUCGCCAAGCCCUGCACCAACUGGUGUUAGGACAGCACCAACGCCUCACCUUUCCACGCACGCAGACUCGCAGGCGCCCUCUGCCGGAUCUGACAGUCACACACCCAGCAGCAAUGCUGCCCUUACCGCACUCACCCCUGCUCCUGGCAGGGACCAAGCAACAGUGCUGAUGGCCUUUCUAAUUGCAGGUGCCCCAGAAGAAAGAAGCCAAUUCACCAGCUUUCCCACAGACAUGGGGUUCACGACUGUAGCCCCCCUCAUACCUGCACACAGCAGCCCCACUGCUGUCACACCUCCACGCAUCUCCAACACCACCACCCACGAUAAUUCCUCAGAUUCGCCCCUGAGCAUUUCCACAAGCACCGUACCUCCAAGCACUUCCACAAUAAUAGCUACUACUACUCAGGCCAAACCAACAUGUGACAAAGAAUAUGAGCAUGUUUCUGUGGAGUACUACUACUAUGACACUGCAAGCAACUCCUACAGUGCAAUUUUAAGUUCUCCAGGGAUAUGUCACAGUUGUGAAAACUUAGAAGAAUGUUCAUCCCCCUUGGUUACUAUAACUAAUAAUUCAUGUGUUGAUCCAGCCAAAAGUUUAAAGCUAUCUGUCCCACCAGGUAUUCAAUCAUCUAGUAAGAACUAUACUAACUGUACUCCCCUGGCGGACCAGGACACAAACAAGUAUCAAUGUAAAGACCUUGAGCCCAACACCAAUUAUAUUUGUGAUUCAGAAGUAUUUUAUAAUAAAUAUAAGUUUGUUAAUAAAAGUAAAAACAUCAAGACAGAUUUUGGGAUUCCAGAUAUGCCUCAGAAUCUUAAUUGUUCAAGCACAUCAACGAAAAACAAUGUAGUUACUUGGAGACCACCCAAAAACUAUUUUACUGGAUUUGAUUUCUGUUAUGAGGAAAAAUCAGGUGGAAAAAAUUGUGAGAAACUGGAAAAAGAUCAUCACAAUUACACUUUGCAAAACUUGACAUCUUAUACAAACUAUACUGUAUCAGUAAAUGCUUACAUGGAAGGACAGGUGCGUCGUGAUGGACCAAAAAAUAUAUGUAUUAUUGAAACAGACAUAACAACACCAGGUGAAGUAAAAAACUUGGAGGCCAUUCUGAAACCACCUAACAGUGUUACAGUGAAAUGUGAGGCUCCUGCUUUAAAAAAUGGUCCCAGUGAAUUGUACGUAUUAAAGGUGAAUUUACAAGGAGAGAGUGUAAAAAAGGAGAAUAAAAGCAAAUGCUUAUUCAAGGUAGAACAUCUUUACUAUUCAACAGAAUACAAGUUUGAGGUCUUUUUUUGCAAUAGCCAAAAGUGUGGAGCACCAAAGUCUGCUAUUCAGUCAACAUCUUAUAAUGAUAAAGCACUGAUAAUAUUUCUGGUAUUUCUGAUUGUUGUGACAUCAAUAGCCUUGCUUGUUGUUCUCUACAAAAUCUAUGACCUGCAUAAGAGAAGAUCUUGCAAUUUAGAUGAACAGCAGGAACUUGUUGAAAGGGAUGAUGAAAAGCAACUGAUGAAUGUGGAGCCAAUCCAUGCAGAUGUUUUGUUGGAAACUUACAAGAGAAAGAUUGCUGAUGAAGGAAGACUUUUUCUGGCUGAAUUUCAGAGCAUACCACGAGUGUUCAGCAAGUUUUCUAUCAAGGAUGCUCGGAAGUCCUUCAACCAGAAUAAAAACCGUUAUGUUGACAUCCUUCCUUAUGAUUAUAACCGUGUGGAACUCUCUGAGAUAAAUGGCGACCCAGGGUCAAAUUAUAUAAAUGCCAGUUACAUUGAUGGUUUCAAAGAGCCCAGGAAAUACAUAGCUGCACAAGGACCCAGAGAUGAAACUGUUGAUGAUUUCUGGAGGAUGAUCUGGGAACAGAAGGCCACGGUCAUUGUUAUGGUCACUCGAUGUGAAGAAGGAAACAGGAACAAGUGUGCAGAAUACUGGCCAUCUAUGGAGCAGGGUACCAAGACUUAUGGAGAUGUGAUCGUAAAAAUCAGUGAGCACAAAAGAUGCCCAGAUUAUAUCAUUCAGAAAUUGAACAUUACAAAUAAAAAAGACAAAGCAACUGGCAGAGAGGUAACUCACAUUCAGUUCACCAGCUGGCCGGACCACGGGGUGCCUGAAGACUCUCAUCUGCUUCUCAAGCUGAGAAGGAGAGUGAACGCUUUCAGCAAUUUCUUCAGUGGCCCCAUCGUUGUGCACUGCAGUGCUGGGGUUGGGCGUACAGGCACCUAUAUUGGAAUUGACGCCAUGCUGGAGGGCUUGGAGGCCGAGAACAAGGUGGAUGUUUACGGUUACGUCGUCAAGCUCCGGCGGCAGAGGUGCCUGAUGGUUCAAGUGGAGGCACAAUACAUCUUGAUCCACCAGGCCUUGGUCGAAUACAAUCAAUUUGGAGAAACAGAAGUAAGCCUGUCUGAAUUACAUCCGUAUCUUUAUAACAUGAAGAAAAGAGAUCCCCCCAGUGAGCCUUCUCCACUAGAGGCUGAAUUCCAGAGGCUCCCUUCAUAUAGAAGUUGGAGGACACAGCACAUUGGAAAUCAAGAAGGAAAUAAAAGUAAAAACAGGAAUUCUAAUGUCAUCCCAUAUGAUUUUAACAGAGUGCCACUUAAGCAUGAACUGGAAGUGAGCAAGGAGAGUGAGCACGAUUCAGAUGAAUCUUCUGAUGAUGACAGUGAGUCAGAGGAAACCAGUAAAUACAUCAAUGCAUCUUUUAUAAUGAGUUACUGGAAGCCUGAAGUGAUGAUUGCCACUCAGGGACCACUAAAAGACACCAUUAGUGACUUUUGGCAGAUGAUAUUCCAAAGAAAAAUAAAAGUAAUUGUUAUGCUGACCGAGUUGAAGAAUGGAGAUCAGGAAGCCUGUGCUCAGUAUUGGGGAGAAGGAAAACAAACCUAUGAAGAUGUAGAAGUUGAUAUGAAAGACACCAAUGCAUCUUCAACUUACACCCUCCGUGAAUUUGAACUGAGACAUGCCAAGAGAAAAGAUAGCAGAACUGUGUAUCAGUAUCAAUAUCAUAACUGGAAUGUAGAAGAACUUCCUGCAGAACCAAAAGACUUAAUAUCCAUGAUUCAAAGCCUUAAGCAAAAACUUCCUAAGAAGAAUUCUACCGAAGGAAAUAGGUACCAUAAGCAUGUACCUCUCCUCGUUCACUGCAGAGAUGGAUCUCAGCAAACUGGGAUAUUUUGUGCUUUAUUAAAUCUUUUGGAAAGUGCAGAAACAGAAGAGGUGGUUGAUGUUUUCCAAGUAGUAAAAUCUCUACGCAAAGCGCGGCAAGGGAUGGUUUCCUCAUUUGAGCAGUACCAAUUCUUGUAUGACAUCAUUGCUAGCACCUACCCUGCCCAGAAUGGACAAGUAAAAAAAGGCAAAAACCAAGAAGAUAAAGUUGAAUUUGAUAAUGAAGUGGACAAACGGAAGCAGGAUGUAAAUUCCGUUAAUCUGCUUGAUGCGUCAGAUAAGACAGAGGAAGGAAACAAAGAGGCUGAAGGUCCCCAGCCAAAGAGUAGCACUGAGGAACCAGAAUGUUCUGCCAAUGGUCCUUCAAGUCCAGCUUUAACGCAAAAUGCAUAA